AUGCUAGAAAAUAAUGCCACAGAACAGUAUUUAACAAAAGAGUUUUACUCUUACUUAGGGACUCUUGUGAAGGAGAAAAUGUCUGGAAGUGAGAGUUCUGAUUAUUUCAAUAUACCACAUAUCGAGCUAAAAUUAAGAGCAAAAGAGGGUAGAGAGAAACAGAUAAAUAUAGAAGAGAGGGGAAAGACCGAAGGAAAGGAACUGACCACGCCAAAGCUGUUGCCUAUUGACCAGAAACCUUAUCAGCUCAGGAAAAACGGAGAAGCUAAAGAUAGGAUUAAAAAACUAAUUGAAUCUCUAAACAUUGAAACAGUUUUACCUCAACAAUAUCUAAGAAAUCAGAUGAAAACAACUGAAUAUCAGGACAUUAUUCAGAGAGUUGAUUACCUGGACUGCUCAGGGCUAGAUUUUAGAAAUGCCGAAAAGCAACUGAUUUGUUUUGAACCAUUCUUUCAAACCCAUGUGAGCGAUUUUUUGGGAUGGAUUGUAAACUGUGACGCAUUCAUCCGAAAAACAAAGUCUGCGAAAUCUCGAUCUAUUUUAUCCAUUUUAUUUGCUGCACAUACUAAAGAUGCAAUAUUAGAAUUCAAAUCAAAAAAUACUUCAUCAAUUAUUGACAUCUGCAUGGAUUACGCUAUUGAAAAUGGAAACCACAUAUUAGUUUUAGAGCUUGUGAAGUUAUACAUGUUUGAUUUCAAUUUUCAUCUGCAAAAUCGUUUUGAUGGUAGGAAGAUAAAAUCAGUUGUUAUCAUGGACACGCUCUUGCAAACAGCUAAAUACACGAUUUUAAGAAAAUGCCCAAGGCUUCGACAAAAUGCAAUCAGUCUAUCAUUCUGUUAUGAAUGCAGUCAGGAAAGUCGGCUUGUGAUGUUGAUGUCAUACAAAGGUAUUAUAGAAAUGAAAGAUGGAAUCCCAGGGAAUGGCAUGGGGAUUGAUAUAGUACUGUAUAACUAUACACAACUAUCUGAUGAAGCAAAUACUGUCUUUAAAACCACGGUGACUUCUGGUUUCGGGUUAAACUUACCUGUUAUCACAGAAAAAGAAGCGAAAACACUUUUUAAGAAGCAUUCCAACCUCACCCUUAUAUCAGUAUCUCCAUUUAAAUCAACAGGAUAUUUAAAAGGAAAACAUAGAAUUGUUGAAAAAACUUGCAUUAGUCUGUUGUGUCUACAUAAAGGAUAUAUUCCUUUCGGAGAAAGAGAGUUUCCAAAACAAAUCAAUGGGUUUGAUGUAGAUGUACAGGAGGGAUACUGUUCUUUUGGAAGUGGUAGAUCUAUAGACUUCGGGGGACAUAUCCGUCGUGCCAAAGGAAUAAAUACUCCUGGAAAUGGAAGCAUUGGAGGUUUUGUUGAUUUGCCAAAUGAUACAGUUGGUUUGAUUACAUGUGCCCAUGUUGUAUUUUCAUCAGAUGAAUUGAUAAUACCAAAUAGUGAAAUUCAAAACUAUGUACUGGCCAGAGGUAUCGAUUUAAACGUAGAAUUUUUUGAUAAAAAUCAUCAUAAUUUUCAAGUAUGUGGCACCAUUGUGGAUAAAUGUUUUCCAUUAUCAUCUGAUAACACUUCGGUUGAUGCUGCUUUGAUAAAACUUGAUCCAACUGUAAACGAAUAUGGAUUUCCUGUAACCCUUCCUGAUCAACUAUAUUCAGCAGGGUUUGAUCCAAAUAACCCCCCUGUAUUUACUGGGGAGGUUGUUAAUGUCCCAGAUCCUACUGUAAGCUGCAGAAUUCCUGGAAAACUAGACAGUGUCAUCAAAUACGGAAGUAAAACAGGCUUCACAAUUGGAAAUCUGUACUUUAAUGGAUCACAUAUUCGGUUUGUGGACGAUAUUGGAGAAUUGCCGGAUAAAACACCUGUUCAUAUGUGCAACCAAAUUGAAAUUCAAAGUCUUCCCCACGGUACGUUUUUUGAGCCUGGUGAUUCUGGAUCCUUUGUCUUCUGUAUCAACCCUGACAAGACACUAAGCUGUAUUGGGAUGGCUAUAGGUUCGACCACCAAAGGCUCCUGUUUUGUGACACCAAUGACUAGAAUUUUAGAUUCAUUUGGUCUACCGCAUAGAUUGAAGCCAUGUUCUCCCCUUGCCUCUAUGAACAACCCCAAAGAAUCCGAAUACCAUUCUAAUCCAGAGUUAACACAAAGUAAUGUUAGCAGUAUGCCUGGUGAUAAUUUAAAAACUAUACUGUUGGAAUUAAAACUGUCGAUGACGAACAUGCAAACGACUUUGACGACUAUGCAAACAUCAAUAACAGAACUUCAGAAUCAACAAAGGGAUAAUCAGUCUUCAGUUCAAAGUGAAUUUGGAAACUUGAAAACAGAAAUUAAGCAAAUCAAAGAUGAAUUUCACACUAGAACUUCUGGGAGCUCGUCAGGUCACAUGCAGAAAUGA